CAAAAAAUAGAAGUGCAGUGUGUGUCAUGUGUGUUUGAAAACAAAUAUUUUACGAAAAAUAGUUUAAUUAUAUGAAAACAAUAUCCGUUAUACUAAAUAAAUACAUAAUAAAUGACCCUAAAUUCAUAUUUUGUGUUCAACUCAUCUACACUUUUUGUAACGAUGUAAAACCGUGCCAAUACAUUGUAAUACAAUUUUCGAUUGUACACAAUGCUUUCAAGGAGAUCUAACGAUAAAAAUCAGAAGCCCUCUACAAAUAUAUCUGUAUUGGCUAGAAGCGAUUAUGGGAACUUCUUUACGAAGUCGGUUACACAUGAUUUUACCAAAGUAGUAACAACGACCACGCAAGCUGACGAUGGUAUAGUAACAAGAGAUGAUCUGUAUAAAGGCUGCAACAUAACAAAGCAAACAAAUGUUUAUCAAAGUAUGCAAAAUUAUGCAAACCAAAACCGAAUAGAGAAGCAGUUAAAUAAUGCGCUGCAGAAACCAGUUGAUAUGGGACCAGGACAUAGCAUGUUACAACGCAUGGGCUGGACAGGCGGAGGCCUCGGGAGAACAGGCGACGGUAUCUUAGAACCAAUAGCACCAAACGCAACUUACGCGACAAAAACGAAAGGACUGGGCCAGUCAAACGCGCCGAAAGUACGACAAAGAAGCGCGCCAAAUAGUAGACCGAAAGAUAAAUUCCGAACGAAUGUUUUACUCACAAUACUAGACUUUGUUAAAAACGACAAAAAAAUCCAACUCGAAUUUGACAAAAAAGUACAACAAUCGGAACGCAAAAUAAUACAUACAAUGGUACAAGAAAUGAUUAAUUCUGAUCAUCUUGUUUCUGGUAAAUAUGAUGAUGACGUUCAAAAGGAUAUUGUGCGAGAAAUUAUCACGUUCAAUGAUUAUGUUUUGGUUACAGAGAGUCAUGGCGUACGUCCGGAACGAAAACUCGUUAUCUACAAAGAAGCGCCAGAAAACAUGUAUCUAAUAAUACCAGACGAUUUGGUAGAUACAGCCCAAAGCCAAAUAUAUGAAGACUCGAAGGACCAAAAACAGACGGAAUCUACAAAAAAUAAUAAUUCUAUUAAAGAAGAAAAUAACAAAGAAAAAACAAAUCAAAAUACAAAUGAAAAACAAAAAGAUCUAACACAAGAUGAUAUUUUAAACACAAUAAUAGAUUUCUUCAUAGAUUUCGCAAGUGCAGAUGUUUUUACAGAAUUGAGGUUUCUGGGCACUUUCAAUAAAACUGAAUAUGACGCUAUUGUGUCGUUUUUUAAACUAUUUGGGAGUGAUGAAAAAUCUGAAGCUAAGGAUAAAAUGGCAGAUGUUUUAAAUGAUGAGAAAUAUGAAUAUAAAUUGCGAGAUAAUUUUAAUGGGUCUACUGUGGUAUACAAGCUGAUCAAAGAUGGAAAAAGUUAGUAUUAAGGCGUCCGAAACUACUUGAUAGUACUUAUUUAUAAACUAAUUUAUGAAAUAAAUAAUAAAUAAAUAUUUAGUUA